AUGCUCUCCAUAUUCAAUUUCUGGGACACAUUCAACAUCUGGGCCAUAUUCGACAUCUGGGGCCCGAUCAACAGAGUGCUCUUCUUCCUCAGCCUCACCGUCAGUCUUGCAGGGCUGGCGGGCAACACGCUGCUGCUCUGGCACCUCGGUCUGCACAUCAAGAAGGGCCCCUUCAACACCUACCUGCUGCACCUGGCCGCUGCUGAUUUCCUCUUCCUCUCCUGCCAAGUUGCCUUCUCUCUUGCCAAGAUCGUGUCGGGCCAUGAGUUCAAACUGCACUUCCCGGUCACCUUCCUCUGGUUUGCUGUAGGGCUCUGGCUGCUGUCUGCCUUCAGUGUGGACUGCUGCCUCUCCUACAUGCUACCCUCAUAUUGCAGCCCCAACUGCCGCCCCAGGCACACUUCAUUUGUCCUCUGCCUCAUGGUCUGGGCCGUGACCAUGUCGGUCGUGCUGCUGCCAGCCAAUGCCUGUGGCCUGCUAUUCAAUGGAAUGAAUCUGCUGGUUUGCCUCAAGUACCACUGGGUCAGCGUCAUCUGGUUUGCGCUGCUGGCUGGCUCGGUGUUUGGGGUAUGCAAGUUUCUCUUAGUCUCGGAGAACUGCUGCUCGUUACAGCCACCCCCCAAGUUCUGCAAGUUGGCCCAGUUCUUCGGGGUCCUUCUGCUCUUCUGUCGCCUGCCCCUGGUUGUCUACUGGUGCCUGCGGCCAAUCAUAAAAUUCUUGCUUCCCUUUUUCUUCCCACUGGCCACCCUCCUGGCCUGCGUUGACAGCAGUGCAAAGCCCUUCUUGUACUACCUGAGGGGCAGGCAGCACAAGAAGGAGCCAGUGCUGGCAGCCCUAAGCAGGGCUCUAGGGGAAGAGUCCCAGUCAAGUAGUGGGGGGAUAUCCCUGCCCAUGCUCCGAGUGUAG